UCGUGUCCGAGCAUAGCCUCUUUUCUCCAAGAAAGAAAGGGAGGCUCGCGGGUCGCCACGCACUCGGGUCCACGUCUCUUUUAGCCGCCGCCGUGCCGAUCCGACGGACCGACCGACCAGAAAACCCUAGCCCGUCGCGCCGCCGCCGCCGUCGCCGCCGCAAAAUCUUAAACCCGCACGCCCCUCCCUUGUCCCCGACCUCGCCGGCCGCGGCACCAGCCAUGGCGUUCACCGCGCGCAUGAAGGACCUCAUGAGGAAGUACGGCAAGGUGGCCCUCGGCGUCCACGUCUCCGUCUCCGUCGCCUCCGUCUCCGGUAUGUACGUCGCCAUCAACAACAACGUCGACGUCGACGCCAUCUUCCGCAAGAUCGGCAUCAGCGCCCCCGGCACCGCCGCCGGCGACGCGGCCCUGCCCGCCCCCGCCCCCGCUCCCGGCGCCGGCGACGGGGCCCUCCCCCUCCCCGCCCCCGCCGUCGUCGUCGGCCAGGAGGCGCCGCGGAACCGGACCGGGGAGCUCGCGGCGUCCAGCGGCGGCGCGCUCGCGCUCGCCAUCCUGUGCAACAAGGCCCUGUUCCCCGUCAGGGUCCCCAUCACCAUCGCGCUCACGCCGCCCAUCGCCAGGCUCCUCGCCCGCUGGAAGCUCGUCAAGAGCCUCAAGCAGACCUGAGCUGUGUCCUAUUGCAAGUGCUCUGGGAGAUUGCUGCAUCCAGUCCAGGAUUCAAGGUCCACUUUCCAGGGCAUCCGCAAUGGGGCUACGCCGUAAAUUACUCCACUCUGCCGUCUGGUGCCAUUGCACCUGUUUAUUUUGUCAGGUCAUGGAUGCAUGCACUUGCAAGAUAGUUUCAUACGCAGGAAUUCUUGUUAUCCUCUGAACUCAGAGGCGGCAACUCAUUCUCUGAAUUUUGUAACUUAUACAAAAAAAGAAGGCUGAGAACAGAAUAAGCACUAUUAUGAUUAAUCCAAGUAGGUUUAUUUCUGUGACUUUUCAAGAUUGGUGAUAUCACAUUCUGUUAUCGACAUUUGGUCUGUGAUGGCAUGGUUGGAAUUCAAGCACAAAUCUUUAAUUUGUUUGGUAUCUGUGAUAUGAUUUCUUUUGCCAUGUACAGCUGAUUAAUUUGUUCUCUGAAUUUGUUCGGUAUCUGUUGAUUAUUUUACAUCAUCUGGUGUUGAAACCUUGUACUGACGUAUGUUCAUGGGACGUCUGAAGCACUGAACCUGAACAGUCUGCAUCAAGAUUGGUGCGACACCGAGCACCGGUAGACAGUGGCCCUCCGAUCCACUAGUAUAGGCCGCCUUCGUCUCCACCCCGCGCGCACGGUCCAACAACCAGCAGAGAACAGCCUCCGUCGAUCCCCCGCGCGCCUCCGUCUCGCCGUCGCCGCGUCAACUGCCGGCCGGCCGGCGGCGCUGCCUCCGACGAGCUCGCCCGGCGGAAACAUGAUCGUCUGCGUCGCCGUCGUCGGCCACCAGAACAACCCGCUGUACCUGCAGAGCUUCACGGAGGCGGACGACGCCCUCAAGCUCCACCACGUCGUCCACUGCUCCCUCGACGUCAUCGACGAGCGAGUGAACAAUCCCAAAAAGAGUGCACCUACACUGAACGAGACAUUUUUGGGUCUUCUAUAUCCGACUGAGAACUAUAAAGUGUAUGGCUAUUUGACAAACACAAAGGUCAAAUUUUUAAUGGUUACGACUGAUCUUGAUGUGAAAGAUGCAGAUGCCCGAAAUUUUUUCAGGAAGUUCCAUGCCGCAUACGUGGACGCCGUCUCGAACCCCUUCCACGUCCCAGGGAAGAAGAUCGCCUCGAGAAGCUUCGGCGCGAGAGUGAGCACCAUAGUGAAAUCCUUCGGCUCGGGGACUGUCGGUUAAAAACCACAUCCUUCGCCUGAGCACCCCCCUCAAUCAAUCGUCCUGCGCUUUCCACCUUAACCGGCAACCUAUCUUUACCUCCAUUGUGUAUCACAAAAUGUAUGUUGGACAAGAAAUAGUUUGAUACUCGAGGAAGAAUAUAUAUGGCUGUUAUUGAUUACUGAGCA